CAUCGAGAAAUGCAUUGUGGGAUUCGUUCUCUUUUUGCCUCGUGUACUUUUUCAAAAGCAAUUUGAUUUUUGGUGUGUACUUCUCAGCGAUUUUGUGCCCGUUUUAAUGCCCCGAUCUUUGUAAAUUUUAUAGAAUAUUCAAGAUUAGUUCUUGUAUUUUAUAGGGAGAGGCGUUUUAAGUCGAUUUCAAGAUGGUUACCGCUAAAAAGGCGGUAAGUAUUUUCAUGAUUGGCUGUCAUGACUCAUGAGUUACAAAUUUUCAUUGAAGGUUUUCAUUGUUGUAGUUUGUAGCGUGUAUUUGCUAUGGUGGAGGCAUUGCAUUAUGCCUGAGAAACCUGAUAAUACUGAAAUAUAUAUUUCAUCUUAUCAGGAGCUCUGGUUGAGUUGUAGUUUACUUUGCCUGUUGUUAAAUUUUGAAGCUUGAGUGAUUCUUUUCAGUGCGAUGUUUGGUAAGUAUUGAAUAGGUCUGAAUAGGCGACACCAACCAUGCUUUCUUCUAUUGACACAUAGGUUUUCUAUGAAUAAUAGUUGGCCAAUGUGCAAACUAUGGGCGCUUUCCAUUUGACGUAAAUCUUGCUUGAAAAUCAAAUGGAACACGUUAAUUUCUGGAAAUGCUGUUUCGAAAAUUUCGGACAUGAGUCUCUCAAGGUUGUCCACAAAUUGGAAAUUCCGUAAGUUUCCAAAUUGUUACAUUCCAUUAAAACAUUUCCCAACCAUGUUGCCCCUUUCCAGUCUUCGACGAGCAAAAACCGCCACCAAAACCAAAAUGGAGGGUUCUCAACCAUUUCAGUGCCUCGAGUCUGAAUUUAUUUUGCCGAAUGCUGAAAGAAGAGAUUUGAGCGGCAGUGUCAAAUUCUUCAAAAUUAAAGAAACCGCAUUCCAGAAAUUAACAUGUUCCACAGGAUUUCCGUCAAAUGGAAAACGUGCAACAAGCCUCCCAUUAUUUACAAGGCCAGUGAUAUUCUUCCUGAAAUGAUGACCAUGUGCAUUUCUGAAGAGCAGAGGUUUUGCUCUUUGUUGUUUACACACGAAACUCUCGAUCUGAUUGGGAAGAAUAGGUAUAAAAAUUGGUUUAAAGUCAUUAUAUCUGUGAUCUAUCCUAUCAUAGAAAAAGUUGUAAUACAAUCACAAGCGUCUGCGUCAUGCUUUGAUGCGCUGCAUUGAUCAUGUUGUCUUACCUUGGGGACAAAAUUAUAAGCCAAAUAAUAUCUGCCAUAAUCUGGGCUUUCAGAAUUAUUCAGAGUAGACAUCUGUUUUGAUAAAGAAGGGGGCGGUCUAAAAUUUGAGACUUGGAAAAUUGAUUGACCCCUCAAUUUCCAUAGCUCACCCCCACCUAUACUUCAUGACCAGUCACUUGCUUUCAUUCUUCAACAAAGUAACUUCAAGAUUUAAGAUGGCAAAUAACUAAAUCAGUUUUACAAAAUAGUAUGUCAUUUUCGAAAAUAACCAGGCUAUAUAAAGUGGACCAAGUUGAGGAAAAAUAACUUUGUUUAAAUGCUCAGAGUGGAGGAAGGAGAGCAGAAUUGAUAAUUCAAGAACUAAACACAGUAACCAGCGGUAAACGUCAUGCCACCCGCUGGAACUCCGGCGGUCGCCGGGUUAUUUUGAAAGCCCUGCAUAAUCCCUUGUGUUGUGAACCAAUGUUGCCGGAGAUUUGAGCUGUAAAGCAGCCAGAGCUGAAAAACUGGAGUUUGCACAGCACUAUAAUCUGCCUCUACUAUAAAUCAGGACAUGACUUAUCUUAUCUAUAUCCAUUUGUAGAAAAAGUCUCAAGAAAGCAUCAACUCACGUCUUCAACUUGUUAUGAAAAGUGGUAAAUACACUUUGGGCUACAAGUCGACUCUGAAGACACUCCGACAAGGAAAGGCUAAGUUGGUUAUCAUCUCAAAUAACACUCCUCAACUGAGGUAUGUUGGGAAAAUGUUAAACUAACUUUAUUUAUACUGGAUAGCUCUAUCAGUUCUAAACUGUUCUUCCUUGAGGUCCAGUAAGGAUCAUCUCUUAUUGAUCCAGUGUUACUACAGGAGGAAACCUAAACUACACUAACUUUAUUUAUACUGGAUAGCUCUAUCAGUUCUAAACUGUUCUUCCUUGAGGUCCAGUAAGGAUCAUCUCUUAUUGAUCCAGUGUUACUACAGGAGGAAACCUAAACUAAACUGUAUUUAUUUAUACUGGAUAGCUCUAUCAGUUCUAAACUGUUCUUCCUAGAGGUCCAGUAAGGAUCAUCUCUUAUUGAUCCAGUGUUACUACAGGAGGAAACCUAAACUAAACUAACUGUAUUUAUACUGGAUAGCUCUAUCAGUUCUAAACUGUUCUCCCUAGAGGUCCAGUAAGGAUCAUCUCUUAUUGAUCCAGUGUUACUACAGGAGGAAACCUAAACCAACUUUAUUUAUACUGGCUUAAAAAAAUAAUUUUUUCCCCUCGACAGGAAAAGUGAGAUUGAGUACUAUGCAAUGUUGGCAAAGACAGGUGUCCAUCACUACACUGGCAACAACAUUGAGCUGGGAACCGCCUGCGGAAAAUAUUUCAGAGUAUCUGUGCUGAGCAUCACCGACCCUGGAGACUCGGACAUUAUCCGAACCAUGCCAACCGGCCAAGAGUCGCAAGACAAGUAGAAUUGUUGCAGGGUUGUAAGUGACAUUGCGUGAAAUGAAUAAAAUAAAAUAAGAAUAUUGUGUGCUGUUGUUUGUUAAAUGUCAUUAUAUUUGAUGAUGGAUUGUACCAGGGUGAGGCAAUUUUAAUAAAAAUGACGAGUGCACCGGUUUUUGCUACUCAAGCGUGUGCGAAUCGAAGCCCUUUUAGAUCGCUGGUCAUCGUUAUAGACGUUUUCCCAUACAUGUGUAAACACAAGACUUGAUUUUUUGUAAUGGACCUGGAUAAGUAUAGUAUAAACUCUCUUUUAGUUUAAUCAUGAAAGCGUCAUUUGAAUAUACCGAUUUUGUCAGAGUGAUUUUGCUGUAAUACCGAUGUUUUCCUGGUUUUUCACCGAAAGCAACGUCUGUUAAAUCGGUUCUAAAAAAUUUAUCGAUUAAUCACCUCACCCUAGUUGUGCAAAUACCAAGGGGAUUUCAGGGACAAAAUAAGCAGAGUUAAGCCGUGCAAGACUAUGAGCAUGAUCACACAAGUUUGUUAAUUAAUAAGCCAAGUCUACAAAAGGGCUCCAUAAGCACACAUUGGCAUGUAAUGGUUUAAUUAAAACAAAUGAAACAAACAUUUAAAAGUUAUUCUGAUAUACAUUUAUAUUUUUUUCAAAAGGGCAACUCAAUAAUUAUGGUUUUAUUUUGGUUCAAAAUCAUUAUUUACUUUAUGAAAAGAAAACAUUGUUCAAGUGAUUAAUCUGCCCCCUAGUGAGUGUGUACACUCUUGGGACAAACUCAUUUUGAUUAAAAUAUGUUUAAUUAAAUAACAAAAUUUAGACUUGCAAGUCGUCGGUAUAAUUACACCACCGAUUUCACCUCAAAAGUUUUAAAUAAUAUCUACAUCUAUGGCUGUUUUGUGAGUUAAUAUUUUAUAAGGCUCCUUGUAUAACUGCAUUUUGAUGUCACUUCAGAACAGCGAUGUUCAUUGAAGAGUAGCAUGUAAGUGCAAAUUUAAACUAAGAAUAGAUUAUGAGUCUUCAUCAAAGUACAACUCAAGAUAGUUUCUUUGUCCAGCUGGGAUAUUUGGUUUCUUUGGUGAUGUUGUGUUUCCACUCCACUCACCACCUUUGUUUGGAAUGUUUACGUAUUCUGGUAUGUCUGUGUCCAUAUCUUUCGAAUGGUCCAUGUCACUAUUCUCGUACGCGUGUUCAUCCUCGAGAUCGUCAUCCGAUGGCAUGAUGACGUAACUCUGGCUGCCUGUGCUCGAUUGGUCGUCCUCAUAGCCGGCGUCGAUCAUUUCACGUGUGUGGUUUGCAUUGGGAUCUUCUGCGGCAAGUGCGUCGAUGUCGAUCUCGGCAUAGCUGCUUUUUUGCGUCUGUGUUGGUUCCUCGGCUGCAUAUUUAAAGUGGUUGGCCGGCUUAACCGUACAGGUCAUUAGGAUCGGUGCAGAUUUUAGUACUUCGCUGACUUGUUCUAUCGUCAUGUUGCUAACAUUGACACCGUCAACAUCGAGAAGUUGGUCACCUAG